AUGCGCCUUAUGUCUCCAAUACUUAUCUAUGAGAUGUCUCGGGAUGCAGAAUGCUUGCUCCAGGUCAAGGCCUCUCGGUUGAAAUUAACCGACUGGCUAGAAAAUAAUCCUCUCGUGGUCCUCAGGUGGCUCCAUGCUAAUGGAACUCUACCGCAAGAUAAAUAUUUUUUUCUCCUGGGUAGAAAUCCACAGAGAAACCAAGUGAUCUCUCUCUUGGAAACUGUGACCCAAGAUGCGGAAAUUUGCAAAGCAUUCGUUCAUGUGCUGCAGCAAGUACAGGAAUAUUACUGCCCGGAUUUACAUAACUGGCUGAAGGAUAACUUUCCAGUCUAUAUCAAGGAGUCUACUGGUCCAAUGGAAAAAGAGAAGACCAGUAGAAGGAGUGCCUUCGGUUGGUUUAAAAAGAAGAUAACAAAGGAAAAUACAUAUAAAUGUAAUCAUCCAGGCCAAAAAAUAAAUUCAAUCACCACAAGGCACCUGAAAGAAUCUCUGCGGGAUCACAAGCAUUCUCUUUUGAAGCAAAAUGUUAAAGUUCAAGGGAACAUUGGAACUUCCUGCACUUCCUGUGAAAUAUUUGAAAUUCAAUACACCGAGCUCUUCAUCACCGAUGAGGACCAGAAUGAAGCUCCAAACCAGCAUGAAUACUUUACAUUAGCCAAUCGUCGGGCUCGGAUCUAUGAGCACAACAAACAUAAAAAAAUCAAGCUGACUGAUAUUAUUUCCCCAAACAAUCCAGAAUGCAGGGAGCCACGCAAGGUGCUGAUAACUGGGAUAGCUGGCAUUGGCAAGAGCUUCGCAGUGAGGAGGAUUAUGCACGAGUGGGCAAUGGGAAUGGCUUUCAAAAAUGUCUCCUGUGCAAUGAAUUUUGCAUUGCGUGAGCUCAACUUAAUAGAAGGCCCAGUCAGCUUUCUUGACUUAGUCACACGAAACCAUAUUCAUCUUCAAGGUGUAUUAGAGGAACUGUGUAAGGAUCCUACAGACCUAUUGGUCAUAUUAGAUGGACUAGAUGAAUUCAAACACCCAAUCAACAAAGGAAAGAAGGUUGAUACCAUCACUGAACGGGUUCCUAUUCAAGAUCUGGUAUAUAGCCUCAUCAAUGGAACAUUACUGUCCAGAGCAUUUGUUGUGGUAACUAGCAGGCCCCACACAACCACUUCUUUGGUCAUGUUUGACCGAAAAGUGGUUAUCCUUGGUUUUGAUGAAAAGCAUGUGAACAAUUUCUGCUUGAGGUUCUUCAGAAACAGCGAACUAUCUGAGAAAGUCUACCAGUACAUCAUGCAGAAUGAUAACCUUUCCGGUUUGUCAUUUAUUCCACUCUACUGCUUCAUCAUCUGCACGGCACUCAAAGGCUUCUUCUCGAACAUCCCAGAGCCCUGCUCCACUGGCAAACCACCACAAACUAUGACUGAGGUUUAUUCCUGCUAUCUGUGUACCACCAUGCAUCAUCGCACAAAUACAGAGACAUCCAAAGCAAAUAAUACUAAGCAGGAGCCCACUGUACUCUGCACUGAGGCAACUCUUGCAGAAAUGAAAGGCAUUCUUUGCCAACCUCAAAAGAUUUGGGUUUGA